UGAAAGAAACUUUGUAAGUUUGUAUAUAUAUAUAUAGAACAGCCAAACCCACCAAGAAUCCAACAAGAAAAAGAAGAAAGAUAUGGAAGGACAGGAUGAACAAAACAAGUCUAGAGUUGUGAAAGUUGAUUCAGCUGAGUCUUGGGAUUUGUUUGUUUCCCAAGCCAACAAUCAAGGCUGCCCUAUUGUUGUGCACUUUACAGCUUCAUGGUGCAUGCCUUCUGUGGCUAUGAAUUCGUUUUUUGAAGAAGUCGCGGCAGCUAAUCCUGAUGUUCUGUUUCUCUGUAUUGAUGUUGAUGAAGUUAAGGAUGUGGCAUCUAAAAUGGAGGUAAAGGCGAUGCCGACAUUUGUGCUGAUGAGGGGAGGUGCUGUAGUUGACAAGCUGGUGGGUGCAAAUCCAGAAGAGAUAAGGAAAAGGAUUGAUAGUUUUGUUCAGUCCAUUCGGGUAUAUGUAGCCUAGUUGUUGGUGGUAACAUUUGUGUUGGUGUACAGUUUCGCAACAUCUUGAUUAUGUGAUUAAGUGUCUUUGAUGGUUGCCUGCAAGUGUUUGUUUUAUUGCAGUGGUGAAUUGUGUAAUAAACAGCUCUUUUACUUUUGAAUUUUGAUGCUUACACCUUUUGUGUAUAAAAGUUGAUUAUAAGUAGCUGUGUUUGA